AUGUCCGGGGCCGAGACGAUGGCAAGUGUGGCCCUGCGGCCGUGGCCGGCUUCGGCCAGAGACGCGCUGAGCAAAGAGGACCUCUACCAGCAAAUAGCCCAGCUCACGACCGAACGUGGACACCUGCGGGGCAUCACCGAGAAAGCUCUCCAGGAUGAGAUCGACGCUGGCAAGGAGCUCCCGGAAGAUGUCAUGGAGGCCGUGGAGCAGGAGAAGAAGGAGGAAGCUCCGACAGCCAGGGACAAGCUUGAGGAAAUCCACCGCGUGCGGAACGAAAUGGCAACGAAGCUAGAAUGGGCUACCUUCUCUGCUGCCAACGCGCUCGACCUCGUUGCGAUCAUCCUGUCCAAAGACCCCUCGAAAAAUCUCGAGAGUGCGUACAGCCACAAAUUCAAGCAACAAGGUGUUCCGCCCGGAUCGUUUGGGCUCGACAAGACCGAUCCUCCAGAACGACCUGCGGAUCGACAGAGGCUCGCUGAUACUGCGAUGAGGCAGCAGCUUGUGAUGAAGGGCUCGCGAAUGGAGGCUCUUGACUGGGCAACAGACAACCUGCUCAAGGCGGCUACGAAGCUGGAGACUGAAGUCCGUAAAGAGACUAAGUACUGGGAGGAGACACUCUCAAUAUCUAAGAAGGGAUGGUCUAUACAGCGAACUCGGAAGGAUGGGCGGCAUGCUCCGUUCGCUGUGCGCUAUGGACUCCCCGAAGCCGGCAAUCACUUCAAAGCCCGCGGCCUUGCCCCUCUGCGCAUGGACAAAGACGGCAGCAUCAUCUUAGACCCAGCGCUUGCACUGAAGCCAAAGACUCUCCGCGUAAGGAUUAGCGACAACGGGAAGAUCACAGGGGCUUCGAACCUUCCUACACAAAGUGAUGUCGAUGAAUCAGCCAUUGAAAAGUCAAUACAGCUUGCUCGGGAUUCUCUGUUCGAAGAAGAGGUGUUCCACGAGAUGUCCAUGGAGACCCGCCAACUGCUCGCAUACGGAGUCGAGCUGCGGAACUCGGUUAUUCAACUUGCAGCCCCAGGCCCAAGCGAUCGAUCAAAGCAUCGGAAGAUUCUGAUCGAUUGUAUAGCCCGCGAUGAUAACAUUCCGCUCGGCCAGGACGGAUCUCAGGAUUGGUUGGCCCAGAAUAUCGCAGAGUUCCUGCGCCUUCUUCUGACUCACGAGCACCACAUGCGACUGCAUCGGAGAUCGCAGAUCCCUCCCCCUCUGACGCAGCACAAGCGGCAACAGUCAACUCCACCUCUUUUACGGACUUUGCUCAGCAUCUCUAGCCACCUUGACGCCAUCGACUCACUACAUGCGUACCUGAAUGUGGUCGCGAGAACUCUAAAAAGUGCCGGUCUGGAGUUAGCUUUAGAAGCUUCCCGCGAGACUUCUUGGGUUAAGUUGACAGACAUCAUCAAGGAAUCCCAUCGGAAGGACCUCUCCGCGAUAGAUCAGCUUUUGCAGACCUUCACCCGACCUUUUGAGGGCACUACUGCACUCUCGCUUCCUUCCUCAAAUGGGGCACAAUCAGAGCACAUUACAGUAUCUACGCGGACAUAUAUCGGGCAACCCCAUUUUGGCACAGAGCACAAGCUCACUCUACCGCCUUCCCUGAUUUCGGUGCUGAACCUUUCCAACGACCAACAGCGCCAGUUUAAGAUGUCAUCCACCGAAGACGUGAAGUCGUACUUGGACUGGAACCUGUCCUUGGACAUCUCUCAUACCGUCCUCUCCAAGGAGUAUCCUGGAAGGACUGUUAUCAAGAGCAAGGAUCCCCGGGUCUGCAUCCUCUCCAACGGAAGCAAGAAAGGGUCACAUAAAGAAUAUGCCGUAUCCAUCCAACUAGAGAACGGAAUAUUGAAGGCCACAGCUAGUAAUAAUAUGCAUCUGGUGACGGGGGCGAUUGCGGAGUCGUUUGUCUGGAAUGGCAGUCCGGGACACCCGUCUCUGAGGGAGAAGGUCAAGAGCUGGGUCGACCGGUAUCCAUGA